AUGAGCUUUGUGCCCCAAGAACUGGCUGGGUUUGCAGUACCUAAGGUUGUGCAUACCACCUGGGCCAAGACAUUUGUAUGCCAUCCAGAGUUAUAUUUUCAGCCAUCCACACUCGAGGAAAUUCAGCUGCUAGUGAAAAGUGCUCUCAAACACCAAAAAACUAUUAUGACUGUUGGAUCUGGCCAUUCUCCCUCUGAUAUGACAAUGUCCGACGAAUGGCUGCUCAAUUUGGACAAGUAUUCAAGUAUUCUGAAGGUAGACGAACAUGAUAUGUAUACCGAUGUCACAGUGGAGGCGGGUAUUAGAGUUUAUCAGCUGAACGAACUUUUGGCUAAGAAGGGACUGGCUAUCCAAAACUUGGGUUCAAUUUCGGAACAAUCAAUGGGUGGUAUCAUUUCAACUGGAACCCAUGGUGCCUCUCCCUUGCAUGGUUUGGUUUCUCAGCAGCUCGUAGAUAUCACUCUGGUAAACGGCUUGGGAGAGGUUGUUAAAUGUUCUCCGACGGAUAAGCCAGAGCUAUUCAGAGCUGCCAUGCUGUCUCUGGGAAAAAUCGGUAUUAUUGCUCAAUUGACCAUUAGAACUGUUCCUCGAUACGCUAUCAAAUCGUACCAGGAGGUAAUCUCGUUUAAAACCCUACUCGAUAUCUGGGAGACUGUCUGGACGAGUGAUGAGUUUGUUCGUGUAUGGUGGUUCCCAUAUUCCAAGAGAUGUGUUUUGUGGAGAGCUUCUAAAUCCGUGGAGGAGUACAAAAACCCCAGAAGCAGCUGGUAUGGUACUAAAUGGGGAAGAUUGACCUAUGAGUUUUUGCUCUGGGUAUGUGUGCAUGUUUACCCCAAGUUGACCCCUAUAGUUGAGAGGUUUAUAUUCAGCAAACAAUACGGAAAUAAGGAAACCCUGGGACAUGGAACAACGGCUGUUCAAGAGUCCGUUGAGGGUCUGAACAUGGACUGCCUGUUCUCGCAAUAUGUCAACGAAUGGGCUGCUCCUUUGAACAACGGACCGGAAAUCCUGAGAAGCUUGGAACGUUCCAUAGAUACAGCUGCCCAUAAUGGAGACUUUUUCGUUCAUGCUCCAAUCGAAGUUCGUUGCAGUAACACCACAUACAACAAUGAAGUCGGGGAACCAGACGUUUCCCACAGACACAUUGAUACAAAAGGGCCAGUCAUCGGUAACAAUCUCCGCCCAUACUUAGACACGACACCUGAACUUUCUUGGGUACCCAAGGACAAAAUUACAAACUCACAAUUAACUCUGUACAUCAAUGCAACCAUGUACAGACCUUUCAGGACCAGUGUUCCGAUCGGAAAAUGGUACAGGAUCUUUGAAUCUAGCUUGGAAGCAGCUGGAGGCAAGCCCCAUUGGGCUAAAAACUUCAUCGGUUCUGAAGAAUGGGCCGGUGGAGAAUUGAAAUCUGAUGGAUAUAAAGACGGGGAAAUGAAGGGAUUUGCUGUCAAGAUGCGUGAUUGGUAUGGAGAUGACUUGGUGAAAUUCAACCAAGUUAGGAGGGAGCAAGAUCCUAACGGCGUGUUCUGCUCAGGGAGAUCAUGGGCCGUGCGUAAUGGGAUUAUUAUUUAG